AUGGCAGGGAGAUUUGGCUGCAGCGCCGUGAACACACGGCUGGUAUGUGGUUCAGAGAUUCCUGCUGAAAAUGAAGCUGAUGAUUGCAGUGAAAUCGAGUCGAGGUUUCCAAGCAGAUGUGCUCAUGCCAACCUGGGAAAAACGGCCUCUUCUCUUGGAAAGCGCAGGAUCACAGUGGAGGGGAUGGCUGUGUGUCUAAAGGGCAUUUCAGAUUGGUGGGUCCAAACAAAAGAGGCUCAGUACUUGGCUGCUUGUUGGCUCACUGCCAGCCUCGACUUCCCCACACAGAGACGCCUCUCCUCUGUUCAAUGUGACAGUCCAUCUCCUCUCAUCCCCAGGCAUGACCAAUCAACCCUGAGGAGGCUGAUGGAUGAUCUCUGA